AUAUUUUUUUUUAAUAACUGUGUACAAUUUAACUAAAACAUUUUAAAUGGAGGAAGUAUACGUGACUAAUUUUAUUUUAUUUAGUUGCAGUUAAUUUAACCACAAAUUUUCAAAAGUAAUUUAUACUUUACAAUAUUUUAAUCAGUGCAUGGACUUCUCGUGACUCUCCAUCUUUGACCAUAAAACUGAUCAAAGACUAUUAUCGUUAAUACUACUAGACUAAGAAAAAAGAAAGAGAUGCCUGAGUUUUGAUCGAGUAAAAAAUAAUGGCUGAGUUUUGCGUGACAGGGGGAACUGGAUUCAUAGCAGGAUAUCUAGUGAAGGCCUUAUUAGAUAAAGGUCAUACAGUGAGGACUACAGUGAGAAACCCAGAGGAUUUGGAGAAGGUUGGUUAUCUCACUCAACUAAGUGGAGCGAAAGAGAGAUUGAAAAUUUUAAAAGCGGAUCUGUUGGUGGAAGGGAGUUUUGAUGAGGCAGUUAGUGGGGUUGAUGGUGUGUUUCAUACAGCUUCCCCUGUUCUUGUUCCAUACGAUAACAACGUUCAGGCUACUUUGAUUGAUCCAUGUAUAAAAGGAACACAGAAUGUGCUGAACUCCUGUGUAAAAGCGAAUGUGAAACGUGUGGUGCUAACAUCUUCUUGCUCUUCCAUAAGAUACCGUGACGAUGUGCAACAAGUUUCUCCUCUUAAUGAAUCUCAUUGGAGUGAUCCAGAAUACUGCAAACGCUAUAAACUGUGGUAUGCAUAUGCAAAGACAAUAGGAGAAAGAGAGGCUUGGAAGAUUGCAAAGGAAAGUGGCAUUGAUCUAGUGGUGGUUAACCCCUCUUUCGUUGUUGGUCCACUUCUUGCACCACAGCCAACCAGCACACUGCUCGUGAUACUAAGCCUCGUCAAAGGCUUGAAAGGAGAAUACAUGAACACAACAGUGGGCUAUGUCCACAUUGAUGACGUGAUUGCUGCCCACUUGUUGGCCAUGGAGCAGUCCAAAGCAUCUGGCAGACUUAUUUGUUCAAGCACAGUAGCCCACACUUCUCAAAUAAUCCAAAUGCUUCGUUCCAAAUAUCCUUCCUAUCCAUAUGAAAGCAAGUGUAGCAGCCAGGUAGGAGACGAUAAUAUGCAUAGCAUGGACACGACUAAAAUCACUCAAUUGGGGUUUCCACCAUUCAAAACCCUUGAACAAAUGUUUGAUGACUGCAUCAAAAGUUUUCAAGACAAGGGAUUCCUAUGAGAUCUAUGAUCUUGCGUAACUUUAAUAUCUGUUUGGAUGGAAGAUUUUAGAGAAUUAAAUUUAUAUUAUAAUAUAUAUUUGAGAUUUUUUUAAAAUUUAAAAAAUAACAAUUUAUGAUCAUAUAAGGUCGGAGCUAGACCAUAGAAGGGGCCCACUAUAUUAUUUUACAAUAAAUAAAAGAUUUUUCCAAUAAAUAUAUAAAU